UUAAGUAUAGAAUAAUAAAGGAAGGAAGGGAACCAAAAUGAGUUCCAAAAUGAAAUCUACCAUCCAUUUCCCCCCCUUAAUUUGGGCUUCUUUUUUAGUUUUAAACAUGCUCUCCCUAUUCACAAGUUCAAUAACAAUGGUUGAUGCUCAAAUCCAUUCUCCCGCUUCCCAUGAGAAGGAUAGUUUUACUCGAGUUGUUUUAAACAAAAAUCCUUUGGUAUCAACUAACACACCCUUAGAUACACUUACAUUAUGCGGACCAUUCCCUUACUUACGUUGGUGUAGAAACCGCCCACCACCUCCUCCUCCGUCAACAUAUUGCCCUUCUAUUUGUCACAAUUUCGGUGGUUAUUGGAUUCAUUCAUUUAUUUGUCGUCAUUGCUCAAAGCGAACACCACCCCCUCCUCCUCCUCUUCCUCGGCCAACACCACCACCACCUACACCAUAUCCACCAAAAUCCCAACCACCAGAGUUACCACCUUUGGUAUCACCACCAACAUCACCACCUCCUGAAUUCACAUCACCAGAGUCACCUCCUUCAGAAUCUCCAAUGCUAGAAUCACCUCCACCUGAAUCAUUACCACAAGAGUCACCGCCUUCAGAAUCACCACCAUUAGAGUCACCUCCUUUAAAAUCUCCACCACUAAAGUCACCCCCCACAGAAUCACCACCACCAGAGUCCUAUCCUUCAGAGUCACCUCCACCAGAGUCCUAUCCUUCGGAAUCACCCGCACCAGAAUCCUACCCUUCGGAAUCACCUCCACCAGAGUCCUAUCCUUUAGAGUCACCUCCACCAGAGUCCUAUCCUUCAGAAUCACCAGCACCAGAGUCCUAUCCUUCGGAAUCACCACCACUAGAGUCCUAUCCUUCGGAGUCACCUCCACCAGAGUCCCAUCCUUCAGAAUCACCACCACCAGAGUCCUAUCCUUCAGAAUCACCACCACCAGAGUCCUAUCCUUCUGAAUCACCACCACCAGAGUCCUAUCCUUCGGAAUCACCUCCACCAGAGUCCUAUCCUUCUGAAUCACCUCCACCAGAGUCCUAUCCUUCAGAUUCACCUCCACCAGAAUCCUAUCCUUCUGAAUCACCUCCACCAAAGUCCCAUCCUUCAGAAUCACCUCCACCAGAGUCAUCACCUAUAGAAAUACCACCACCAGAGUUUUCUCCAGAGUUAUCACCACUAGAGUCACCACCACCAGAAUUCCCACCAUCAGAGUCAUCACCUUUAGAAUCACCACCACCAGAGUCCUUUUCUCCAGAGUUAUCUCCACUAAAAUCACCAGCAUCAGAGUUCCCACCACUAGAAUCCUUUUCUCCAGAAUUAUCCCCAUCAAAAUCAAUGCCACCAGAGUCCUAUUCACCAGAAUUUCCACCAUCAGAAUCUUCACCACCAUAUCAGUCACCACCUUUAGAAUCUCCACCACCAGAAUUAUUUACUCCAGAAUCCCAACCACCAAAAUUCCCACCACUGAAAUCACCCCCUUUAGAAUCUCCACCACCAGAGUUAUUUCCUCCAAAAUCACCACUAUCAGCACCACCAUUGUCACCACCAAUAAAAUUUCCUCCUCCAGAGUCACCACCUUCGAAAUCCUCCCCAUCAAUGUUACCACCUUUGGUAUCACCCCCAAAAAAAUCUCCACCUCCACUAAUAUCACCGCCAAAAGCAUCACCACCAAAGUCACCACCGUUUAAAUCACCACCAACAAAGUCACCGCCAUCAAAGUCACCACCAAAAAAGUCACCACCGAAAAAAUCACCACCACCUCCAAAGAUACCACCACGAAAACGUCCUCCGCCACCACGUAAGCCACGUGCACCUUGUAGGCCUUGAAGCUUACUACCAAAACUAAUGCUAUAUUAUAUAUUGCAAGACCAAAAAUACAUUUAAAUCUAUAUCAAAAUUAUUUCUAAAUGAUAAAGGGCGUGUAAGCCUUUUAGCCCAAUGUAAAGAUGUGACUUAUUGUUGUUUACUAUUAAUUUUGUGCGUUGUAUUAUAUUAUGUUUUAUGUAUCCUACUAUAUGAUUAAGUCAUACGAUGAAAUAAAUUGUGUAUGUAAUGUUUUGUAACUUCAUCAGUAUUGUGAAGUAUUUCAUCUUCCGUAAACAUUGUAA